CUGGAAAGCAUUUAUUCUGACUUCAAUGUUUCGAUGUCUUUCGCGGCCGAAAAUGCAUCGAACCGAAGUUUAGAACUAUUCAGAAAAUAUUAUUAUUUCAGCGCGAAAAAAGCAGAAGUUGUUACAAGAUGACUAAUUUGGGUGCUGAGAUAACAUUUUUUAAUUUCGCAUCAUUUUUUUAUAAAAAACAAUGAAAAUUUAUGAAAUUGUGACAGUCCCAGUCUACCGUGCUGCCAUCUAUCAACUUGCUCCAGCGUUAGAAUCAAUUAUAAUAGCGAGUUGGUUUACCUGUCUGUCUCUAUAUCGUGGCUUUUCCUUAAACCACUGCUGCUUUAUCUGAAACGUCUGAAAGUACCGUUAAAUCCUGUUAAACCGUUAAAAAGAAAAUUCAGUGGAAUUUUACAGCUGCUAAAUACAUUGCUGGUUGCUGGUGGACCGAGUGGUGGACCAAAUAAAAUGUCAACAAAACGGAAGAAGGCGCCAGUCAAGAGAGGGCCAGCUAAAAGGAACAAGAGGAAAGAAGAAAGUGAUGUGGAUUCGGAUAUUAGCGACGCCAGCGAUACGGAAAAUACCACCCAACCUGACGAAGUUCUCAUAGCUGGACAUGGGGAUGCUCUUGACGAACUCACUCAAUUACCUCAGGAGUUACUUAAAACUUUAAUCAAACCCGCUGGACAACUGCUUAUUUUUGGUCUCAUCAACUGGGACUACACGUCCAACAAGGUCCCCAAGGAAGUCAAGAUUAAACUGCACCCCAAUCUCUACAGCCCGCACCGGUUUCUCACAGACCAAAAGGUGCGCCUGGCUGUGAGCGGAUGUGUGGCCACUCAUAGUGUACUUAUCACCGAGGAGGGCAAAGCAUUGACAUUCGGUCGCAAUAAGUUCGGUCAGUUGGGUCUGGAGCACACCGAAACGAAAGAGAUUCCUACCGUCGUUCCGGCGUUAGAGAACAUGAACGUAAUCGGUGCAGCGUGUGGUCGCAAUCAUACGUUGUUUCUAACCGAUACAGGUACUGUGUAUGCAUGUGGUGACAACCGCUCUGGCCAAUGCGGUGUCGGAAAUCUGCAACCCAAUAUCCUCACUCCCACUCGCAUUAACUACCGAGGCCCGCCAAUCGUGAAAGUGGGCUGCGGGGCGGAGUUUUCGAUAAUUUUGGACAUAAAAGGAGGCCUGCACUCGUUCGGUUUGCCCGAAUACGGCCAAUUGGGCCAUAACACCGACGGCAAAUAUUUCAAAACCAAUACUAAACUCUGUUUUAAUUUCGAAACUAGCCCCAAACGCAUUGUGCUGUACAUCGAGAAAAGCAAAGACGGUCAUGUUGCUCCAGUAGAUGUAACUGAGAUCGUUGAUUUCAGCUGUGGGCAGAAUCACACCGUCGCGAUUGAUAGCAAAAAGCGGGCGUUUUCGUGGGGAUUCGGCGGAUUCGGGCGAUUAGGACAUGCCGAGCCGAGAGACGAACUCGUCCCACGUUUGAUCAAAUAUUUUGACACACAGUCCAAAGGGCUAAGGUCUAUACAUUGCGGCUCCACUUACAGCCUUGCGGUCACCGAAUUCGGUGCUUUGUUUAUGUUCGGACAGACUAAGCGUACAGGCGAAGCCAACAUGUAUCCGAAACCGAUACAGGAUUUGAGCGGCUGGACCAUCAACCAUGUGGCUGCGGGAAAUACGUCAAUUAUUGUCUCGGCCGAUGAGUCUGUCAUAUCAUGGGGGUCCACACCCACCUUUGGAGAGUUAGGCCUUGGGGAAAUCACCAAAUCUUCUACCACUCCUAAAGAGGUCACGAAAUUAACCGGAGUUAAAGUGCUGGGAUUGUCAAUGGGAUUCGGACACACCUUGCUAAUAGCACAGAACGAGACUCCCGAAGAGAAAACCAAACUUGAAACCUUUGAUGUUUUCGAACCCUAUACAAAAGGGAUAUUGUUGGUCACGAUGUCAAACAGCGUCGUUAAGGUAACAGAUUCCGAUUCAACAAUUGAUGACAAUUUACUUCUUCUUAUUGGUGAAGAUGGAACUGUCACACCGAGUAAAGACGUCGUCAAAGCUUAUUUAAGUGGCAAAUCGGGCGCCACCAACCUCCAAGUAAUGCAUAUUAAUAAAUCAGAUAAUGAGGGCAUUGAUGUUGCGGUGGAUGACAUGUUAUAUGUACCGGACGCUGAAGCUGACGACCUUCCAGAUAAUAAAGAGACGUCUUUUGACGACAUAGCUUACAAUUUAUACAACAUAAAGCUUGAUCAUGAUUACACACCUCAUUGUGGGUAUUCUGAGGAUGAUGAGUUGGCGCGAACUCUUAGUAUAUUAGACGGGGACGAAGACAAUGACUCUCCUUCCGUCACAAAACCACUAGAAAGUCGAUCCCUUAGAAGCAACGCACAUGAAAGCCCCAAACCCAAAACAAAGGUAGCAACACCGCUAAAAACAAUCACCAAAGAUCAAGCAAAAAAGAUUAAAACAAGGACAAAGAGUGAGACAUCGAUCAAAGACGGGGAAAGUCCGUCAGAUGCUAAAAAAGUCCUCAGACCGGAGCAUAAACCCAAGGACAAUGUUGUCAAGUCUUUGAAAACAAUAAAGCCAGUCGAGCCUGAAUCACCUAAAGCGGAAAAGCCGCAACCAGUUGAUCCCAAGUCAGCUGAAAAGAAACAGCCCAAGAAAGAUCGCAAAGUGGCGAAGCCAGUCCCAGACGAUUUCGCCCUGUUUUCAACCCCUGAUAUCAUUAGACGAGUGGGAGGGAAGGAACCAAUUUCGCCCGAACUUAGCAGUCCGGAUCAAAACAAACCGGCGAAAAUCGAAACUCGAUCGAAGUCAGUCUCAGACUCCGCUCAAGUUUCGCCCAAACAGAAUCGCUUGAGUCUCGACGGCAAAGUAGUCGAUAAAUCCCCCAGUAAAAAACCGACUAGCGAUAAUAAAGCGAAGAAAAUCAUGUUUGAUAACACCAAAACUGUGGCGGAAUUGGAACCAAAACCGUGCGAAAGUAACACGAACGUGGAACCUGCAAUCCCCGAGCCAAUGAUUGCGAAUAAUGAAGAUAAGUCGUUUCCGGCUUUACCUCUCGAAACUCCUGAUUUAAGUGGAGGUGAGAAUAACAUGGCUUUGGACGGGAAUGGGCUCGAUCUUGACCCAAGCUUGUUGGAAAACAUCAAUAACGACCUAAUAUCUGAAGAUAUUCUGUACCAAGUUGCGCAGUCGUUGGUGUCAAACACGGAGCUACAGAACGCGAUAGAUAAGAGCUUGAAUGAGGAGAAUUUGGGCCUCGAUUCGAGCGUCCAAGAGGUGCAGCAAGACGACGUGGUUCACAAUAAUCAAACAGAGCAGGUAACGUCAUCUGUGCCACAAAAAGGAACUCAAAUCGUCCGCCCUGACGGUAGGAUAGUCGUAAUCCCUCCAAUAGAACGCCCCACAACCAGGAGUCGAAACAAGAACAAAGAUGCCGAUAAACCAACCCCAAAAUUUGUCCACAAACCCUUGGAUGAAGAGCACGUCUCAGGCAACGAACUCGACAGUUCUGAGGAAGAAGAGGAAGAAUCGGAGGAUGAUCCGAACAAACUUUGGUGUAUUUGUAACCAACCUCACAACAACCGGUUCAUGAUCUGUUGCGAUACGUGCGAAGAAUGGUACCACGGAAAAUGCGUGAAUAUCACAAAAGCGAUGGGACAGCAAAUGGAAGCGGAAGGAAGAGAAUGGAUUUGUCUAUUUUGUAAAGAUCCACUUUUGAAGCGACCACAAGCCGCGGCCAGAAGAAUAAGAAAAGCUUCGCGGAAUUCGCGCCAGUCUACGGACAGCUCUGGCAGUACCAAAGUACCAGAGACACGGCCAAGUUCAGUCCCGUGUGUCGUUUGCCAGAAACCGUCAAGAACUAAUUCGAUUUUCUGCAGCGAAAGCUGCAUUUUGGCGCACGCACAAGGCGUCGAACGAGUGGUCGUGUUCGAGAGAUCAACUGGAAACAUGUUGACCGGGAACAAGGCCCCCAGUGCUGCCAACUUGGAGCAAUGGCUCAAAGAACACCCAGGUUACGAAGUCGUUCGUUCCGCUGGUAAAAUAGUAACGACAAAGCAAACGCAAAAAAGUCCGCCAUCGAAAAUAAAAAUUUUAAAAGGUUCCGAAACACCUGCUAUGCAUUUCCAAAAUCGAAUGAAAAAUUUGAAUAAAACCGUACCGAAAAGUCCACAAGUGGUCAAAGUCGGUAAUACAUCAGGUUUGAAAGUUCUUAAUCGACAAAUUUCGACGGCUCAGCUGAGGGAAAAGGUCAGUAAUUCACUUAAAGAGGCCGCAUCACCUACCAAGUUUAAAAUCGUUACAACUUCGACCAAAUCGAGUAGUUCGCCGGCGAAUAGAGAAAAACCCACAACACCUAAAGUACAAAAAGUGCGAAAUGCAAGUACACCUCAAGCCAAACAGGAGAAUAUCAGAGAUAAUGUCAAGAAAACAGUUUACGAGCAGUUGACCAACCGAUUAAAAAUGGUGGAUGAUUUGAAGUUGUCUGAGGAGGAAUUGAAAAACAUUUCGCUCGAAAUUGAAUCUCAACUGUACAAAUGCUUCGGCGAUACGGGGCAGAAAUACAGGAACAAAUACAGAAGUUUAAUUUUUAAUAUUAAAGACAUAAAGAAUCAAACACUGUGGAGGCGGAUUUGUGAGAAGACCAUUAAUCCGUACCAACUCGUCAGGUUAUCGCCCGACGACUUAGCCAGCCAGGAGUUGGCCCUUUGGCGGGAGCGCGAAACCAAACACCAGUUAGACAUGAUUAAAAAAUCCGAGCUCGAAUUACUCCAAUGCAACAGACAAUACGUGUUGAAGACACACAAAGGUGAACAAAUUUUGGAAGACAAUCGUCCAACGGACAACCUCGACAACACCGAGGUCAUAACAAGUCUGACAGAUAACGCAACGGGGGAGAAAACCGAUCGUAAAGACGACAGAAAAAAACACAGUCAUAGGGAUAAAGAGCGGAAAUCGACGAAAGAUAAGUCCGAAAAAAGUCAUCACAGUCACAGAUCGACGAGUCGAGAUCACGAUCGCAGUCGGAAACGUUCGCGCAGCAGGGAUAGGAGUUCAAAACAUGUGGAGAAACGGAGAUCCAGAAGCAGGGAUCGACAUAGGAGGUCGUCACAUAAAAGUUCAAGGCAUAAAAAGGAGUCGCAUCGAGGGUCGUCCACUGAGAAACUCGAUAAAAAAUCGAAGGAGAUUUUAGAACAGUUGGUUGAUAAUAAAAUUGUGCCUCCGCUGGAAGACAGGCUGUGGAAGCAUGUGCCACAAGAGGACGUUUUACCAAAUUCGGUUGCUGAAAGUGACAGUGACCACGAACCGACUUCCACUGUCACUAUUCCAACUCCACCACGAAAUAACAACGAUUCGGAUGAAUUUGCGGCUGGCCACGGUUUAUCGGAAAAUAAAAAUAAUGAUAAAUAUCCUGUAAAGGAGCAGACUGAAGUGGACCACUCGAUGUCACCAGUGGUUAAGCCAAAAGUUGAGGAGAUUUGGCGUGGUACCAUUAAUAUGGUAGAUGUGGCACAAAUCUCGAUCACAGCUCACGAAGUGUCAGGCGAUUGUAGUGGCUUGGCCACUGAACUACCCGCAAAUUUGGACAUUGUUGGUAGAAUUUCCCCCGAUACCGUGUGGGACUAUAUCGGAAAAAUGAAAUGUUCCAACAGUAAAAUCAUAUCAGUGGUGCGCUUAAACGCAAUCAAUGUGGAAGAAAAAAUGCCGUAUUUGGCUCUCUACAGUUACUUAUCGAGCAGGAAUCGACUCGGUGUUGUUAAAAGUGUGAACAAGGCCGUGAAAGAUUUUUACAUUUUACCACUGGCCUCUCAGAAACCGAUCCCACAGGCUUUGUUACCUCUCAACGGUCCAGGUUUCGAGGAGGCACGGCCUGCUUUGCUCCUGGGAAUCCUUGUUCGAGACAAGAGAAAAAGGCCAUAUGUUGAUUCAGCGUCCAGUGCCCCCAGUGUUAAAAAAACGAAAACAGAGAUGCCUUCUAGGUCGUACACACCGCCACCUGUCAAAGAUUCCCGGCUUAAAUUACCACUUCCACCACCGAUAGGCACGGACCAGGAUGGAGAUGAGCCGUACAGUCCUGAGGACUCGGACCCCGACAGCAUAAUUCCCGCAACCACUCGAAGUGUUUCCAACAGUUCGACAAUCUUUCUCGACGCUGACGCCGCGGCAACACAAGCCUUUCAACCGUUCGUUAACAAGUUUGAAGAGAUUCCAGGACUGGAUAACGCAACUUUGCCGUCAAGUACGCAAGAAAUCCAACGCCAAAUGGAGAAACUCAACAAAGAAAUCGAAAUGCAAAAGUCGGAAAUCAACAGUAUAUCGCAAAACAUCGCCACUGCAUCGAACGAAAUCGGGACUUCGGCUCUGGCGAACAUAGCGCUCCCGAGCAAUUUGCAGCAAAUUCUGGACAGCAUUAAAACGAUCGGUUCCACUUCGGCUUUAGAAUCGUUGGAGACGAAGCCGCAAGCUGUGGACGCGCUGCAGGAAAGUUCCGACUUUACGAUUCCUUUGAUGUUGCCUACGACGUUUUCGCGCCAUUCCGCCAGUUCCGAAAAUACCAUUCCUUUGAAUUUGCCAAGUAAGAAGAAAGUGGCAAGCGACGCUGAGAAAACGAGCGUUUUGAGUUCGCUGUCUGAGGAGGAUUUGAUUCGAAAGGCGGAAGAGAUGCUUGAAGCGUCCGAAACAACAGACAAGCUAGCAAUUCCACCGAGUGUUUCAAGUUCGUCACAAAUACUGCCCAAGGUUGAGAUGAAACAACCGCCAAUACCUGGACUGGAGGAUGAUGUCUAAUUUUGGCUGGCUGAAGGAGGUGUUUCACAAUGUUUUCGUCAUUUUUAUAAGAAUAGGACUUUAUUUGAGUAAAAUUGUUGGAACUUUUAUGUAUAGACUUUAGUUGAAAACUAUGGAUUCUUAUUAAUUCACUUACAUGUUUUUAAUCAGUUUUUUAUAUUGUAAAUAUACAAUUGUUUUGUUUCUAUGAGACAUGUAAACUAGGAAAAUACUACAGAUAAGUGCAAGCGAUUAUUCCAUGUAAAUUUUGCGACCUAUGUUAAAUUCUGUAUAGUUACUUUUAUUUAGAAAACUUGAAAUAAACCAUUUCUUUUUGAA